GAUCCACCGCAACGAGAUCUUCGGGCUCGGCCCCAUCACGCGGGUGGGGCUCAACCGCUUUGCUUGUGUGCAGGCGCGCGUGCUGUCCGACGGUGACGAGGGUGCCGGGGCCCCAGAGACGGCGAGGCUUCGCGCAGGGCCUGACCUGGAGAGGCUAGGCGAGGGUGUCCCCCAGGACACCGUGGACGACCAGGAGCGCUUCUCGGAUAUUGGCAAUUCGGCCGUGGCGGAGGUUCACGGCGCCGUCGCAUGGGCUGCGAGGGUGAUUGCCGGAGACCGCGAGGCUUGGUUUAAAAAGAGGCAGGCUGCUGAGCGGGAUGAUCGCAUCAUCGGCGUUCAGGUCAGCAGCGGCAAGAGGUGCAUCGCGUUUAAGGGAGCCUUGGCUCUGUACCCACAGAUGAAGGACAACGAUUGGGGCUUCCCCGGGCCCGAGCUGGCCGCGGAGGGCCUUGCCCUGAUCGACAAAGCGGGCGGCAUCGAGGUUCACGAGCGAGACUGGCAGAACGACUCGGGGUGCAUCCGGGUGCAGCUCGAGAUGGCAGUCGAUCGCAGCCCCGCCCGCCCCGACUUCACGGGCCUCGAGGAGGUGGUGGGCGGCGUGGCCACGGCGCCCAGCUGGGCCAGCACGGGGGCGCUCCGCGAGUGGGUCGCGGGCCGCCAGAAGGACAGGGCCCAGGUGCUCAAGCGGGCCAG